AAAGGGGAUGCUCUUAUCAUCAUCAGUAGCAGCAGUAGCAGCUUCCACUCUAUCACCAUGAUAUGGGUGUUCUGUGGUGCUAGUUUGUGUCGACUGCUCUAUGGGCGCUUAGUUUGCGGAGCCACAUUUUUGUGUACCUAAAGGUGCUAUCCUCAAACAACCAAGCUGACUUGAAAAGCUGCCAAUAAGCUUGUGCCUACCUCUUUUAGGUGAUGUCACUGUCGAGCUAGCGUAAUCUGGAAGCUAUUGCGCAUGUAGGACCGUGCUUGCAAUGCAAGAUUUGAGUACUUCACGGCGCCACCCUUGAACAGUCUGCCAGAACCGUGCGAUGGUUAAACUGCCCAUAACAGCAUUGUGACUCCCUCAGUUAAGCGACGUUACUGUUCGCUUGUAGCGAUUUCUCGCGCUUGGUGUCAGCAACACACUUGCUUGACUGGGACGAUGCUAAGAUGGAUAAGAAAGAAGAAGCGUCGAAAGGUGUUCCGCACGAGACACGACGCGUGUCGGCCCGAGGCAGUGCUGCAGUGGGCGGUUUGGCCGCCGCCGGCAACGAUCAACCGUCUCCUUGCGAAGACCGCAAGACUGCGGGCAAGCGCAUCGUCAAGACCGCGGUCAGACGUCUCCUGCCGAGUUGGUCCCUAGGCGUACGCGAUCCGUCGCCGAUACUUCGGAAUUCCCAGCAGCUUGAAUCGGCUGCACCCGAAGCAGAAGGCAAAAAUCCGCCCGCCACAUCGACGCCGCCGUCUUCGUGCGACCUUGCGGCUUCUGCAAUUCCCUCAUCAACCGCUGAACCCAAUGUCGAGCGGCUCUACCGAAGACCGCCAGCCAAGGAAGCGCCUUCCAAGGACACAGCCACCGGCGAAAACCAGCGAGGCAACGCCGAGAAACCACGGAGGUCGUUAAAGCAGGCGCUUUUGUCCAGAAUGAUGUCACUGUUUGGCGGCCCCGAGUCAUCUGCUCCCGACGGUGACACCGCGACGCCCGAACCGAUGCCGUCCUCCAGCCGUGACCCUGUCGAGCCGCUGGCGGCCAAGAGGCUGCAUGGCAGCGGUGAGAACCCACAGGGCCCUGGCUGUCUCUCCGGUGGCCUGCCUGCGGCUUCGGAUGGCAGUGAAGCCGGGCCGUCGCAGGCUCCUCGACCGGCCAAGCGUCCAGCGACGGGCUUCCACGGUCCGUCAGCUUCCGGCGCUGCCCACUUCUGGCAGCAAACCACGCCAGGCUCUGGGAUGCCGACGGAUGACCCUGGACCCUCUUGGUGCUUUCUAGGCCCACCAGCAGGGAGUGGUGCCUUCAGUCAAGAUGGUCCUUCACCUUUGCAAGCCGAGGUGAUCAUUGAAGAUGUGGAAAUGGAAGAUUUGACGGAUGCCCUUGAUGAAAGCUUGAACCAACAAGAGCCUCUAGCAGACUACAAGGGUACCUAUGUGGUCGUGGACACCAACGUCUUCCUUAGCAACCUCGGCUUGCUCAGGAGGAUCGUGUUGCCUGACACAGGCAAUGAAGACAUGGUACUGUGUGUCCCGUGGAUGGCAAUUCAAGAGCUGGACACCAUUAAGACCAAAAAGAAAGGACCACUGUCCAACAGUGCUACAUCUGCCAUCAUGUUCAUCUACCAGGCCCUCUCGACCAAGAACCCCAGGCUCCGUGGGCAGACAGUUGCGGAGGCACGACGUAAGGACGACGCCCUGCCCAAAGAUGGAUGCAGCAUUAAUGAUGACCAUUUCCUGCACUGGUGCCUGGAGUUCAAAAAGCAGGGCAACAAGGUGCUCCUGAUGACCAAUGAUCGCAACCUCCGCAACAAGGCCAUGAUCAACAGCAUCGACACACUGUCGGCCGACCAAUUGGAGAAGAAACUUGGUCCGCCCACCAUCAAAAUGAGUCACGAACAGACCCCACCGCCCACGUCGUCCACCAAGCAGCAGAAGCGCAGUGUACUGUUGCAGAAUUUGGAGCCCAGACCCCGUUUGUUCAGCAGCCGGUCGAGCCAGAGGUUGCCCCUGCCUCCUGAUGUUUUACAGAAGUAUACUGCUGUUGAGGCAUCAACCUCAUGGAACACUUCUGCUUGCGAUGUGUCACCAGAAGUGCCUGCUGGAGAUGUCAUCUUGAAGGAGGUUCGCGAAAUCCUGCAGAAAAGCUUGGAUGUGGCCCUCAAGAGCGAACUGGAAAGUGCAUUCGGGGUCCUUUGGCUUCGGGUCAUUGACAUCAAGCCACCCUGGACUGAAGAGACAGCCCUGCAGUGUAUCCUCAGGCACUGGAUAUCGUUAACGGGCACAGCAUUUUCUAAGCCUUCGCUGAAGCCUGUCAUCUCUUCCCUGCUGUCGAAGCUUUCACAAAACCCUGGAAUAAGUGGCAGCCCAGUGGGCAGGAUGGCCCUCUGCUUGGCCAUUGAGCGCUCAGCACCGAGGAGGACGGAGCUCAUGAAGGUUGCCGAAAUCAUGAACUUGGCCAUCCAGCUCUGUUCAGAGUUGCAGCAGCACUACCCGCUGCUGGGUGAAGAUGUUGCUCAUCUCGAAAAGCUGCAUGAGGACCUCAAGAGAUUGCAGCAAGCGGAAGCUGCAAGCAGCUCUGCCCAGCCAGAUGCUCCAGAUGGCCAGGAGAAAACGCCAGCUCAGCCUCGCCUCCCUCCUCUCCUCAACUUGGGCCGUGGCGCGCUUCUCAAGCACAAGCCAACCCUGGAUGCUCACAUGAUUCGGAUGGCAUCGAUAAAUGAGGCUCGACACCAGGCAGUGUACCACACUGAAGAACAGCAGGAGAAAAAUCGUGAUGCUCCACUGCCCCCCCACAUCCCACCCGGCCGUCCGCACAUCAUCAACCGGUUUCCUCUGCGGCCGCCCAUGGAGGCAGUGAAGUGCCGCUUGGAGCUACUGCAGCAGGAACCUCUGCCGCUGCCCCUGCCUUCGCCGAAGAAUACUCCACCAGUGAAGCUAUUUCAGGACUCAUGGGGUGUCAUCAAUGACUACUGUGGAUGUCUGUGUUCCAAGACGGGAGUGACACACGUGUUCCCCUACACUGAGCGGGCCGGUUACAAAGUUAACCGUGCAGUCGUGUUGAAGGUGUACCGACUUGUUGUGCAUGUCUCGGAUUACAUGACUGUAUUGUUGAACCACCUCGAGGAAGGCAGAGAUUACCUCGUUGAUCUGGCUGAAGCUUUGAUUAAGGAUCUCAUUGACCUUCUGAAGACUCUUCGGCACGAGGGCGUACCAGCAGAUGAAACCUGGAGAGUUGACUUGGACGAAAUGCUGGACUUCCUGAUGCUGCCUCGAAACAAGAACAUGCUGGCUGUGGGCAAACGACAGAUUCUAGCACUGCAAGACAGCCUGGCUAAGUGUGCACUCCAGGUCUUGUCUCCUAACUUUAAACCCUCCCAGUGACCACAGAAGGCUGCAUCUGCGCUGCUACUGUUUCAGCUCCCAGUGUGCCAUAAGCCAGGAUUCCCUGUGAAGCCAGAAGUUCCUUCGUCAGCAGCUCAAGUGCCUUCUUUGCAAGCGGUGUUUGCAGUGGGCGAAAUGCCUUAUCCGUGAAAGACAAUCAGGCAAAUUUAUGAGAGGAGAUUCAAAAGUUUUGUUCAAUGUGCUUUUUUUUGUUUUAUUUUGUUGUGUGCGAAAUAAAAGCAGUAUCUCCAAUUGCACGUGCAGAUUCCUCAUGAGAGCAGUAGUGUCAAACGUUAGCCCAUGUUGACAGCAUUUGCUCUCUGCGUAAUUAUGAAUAGUGUUG